CUUACAAAUGGCUGCGCCCUGGUUUAGAUUAGAAACUGUUUACCGUGACUAAAAAACACAGUGUCUUGAAGGGACGCGAUCUGUUGUGUGACAUGUGAAUAGAGUAAGAUAUAAAAGCUUAUAUAUCUUAUGCAAUAAGGCUCCAAACAUACAAUAAUCAAAAUCAUGGCAUCCCCUUGUCCCAUGAUACAAGGAGAACUCCCCAGUGACAUCGCCAACUUGUCCGAGAGGAGGCAAGAGGCUGGCAUCGCAAUAGAUCACCUGGAUGAAAUGCCAAGCUAUGAGGAGUUCUUCCUGAAGUACCUCCUGCCGAACCGUCCAUGUGUGUUGUCAGCCAGGAGCACCGAGGGAUGGCGGAGCCGAAGAGAGUGGGUCCUGCAGGGGGCGCCUCACCUGGACUUCCUCAUCAGCCAUUUUGGCUCUGUGACAGUUCCUGUAGCUGACUGCAGUCAGGAGAAGUUCUCCUCACACCCAAAGGAGGAAAUGUCAUUGAAGGAUUACUUCAUAUACUGGAAGGAACGAACAGUGACACCAGAAGAAAAGUGCUUUUACCUGAAAGACUGGCAUUUCAACAGGGAAUUUCCUGAAUACAAAGCCUAUACAACUCCUGUCUAUUUUCGGUCAGACUGGCUCAAUGAAUUCUGGGACACUCGUACAGACGAGGGAGAUGACUAUCAGUUUGUCUACAUUGGCCCGAAGGGAUCCUGGACGCCGCUCCAUGCCGACGUGUUCCGGUCAUACAGUUGGUCAGCUAACAUCUGUGGCCGGAAGAAGUGGAUCUUCUUUCCCCCAGGAGAAGAGAAGUGCCUGACGGAUGUGUUUGGACAGCUGGUGUAUGAUGUCACGUCUAGCGAGCUGGCUGACCAGUCCAGAUACCCCCACUACAAGCACCUGCAGCACAGGCUGGAGGUCUAUCAGGAAGAAGGGGAGAUAAUCUUUGUCCCGAGUGGCUGGCAUCACCAGGUGUACAAUGUGGAAGACACAAUCUCGAUCAACCACAACUGGCUGAAUGGAUGCAAUAUAGAUAUCUGCUGGGAACACAUCAGACAGGGUCUGCAGGAUGUUCAGAGGGAGAUAGAAGAUUGUCACGACAUGGAGGGAUGGUCAGGACAGUGUCAGUUGAUCCUGAAGGCCAGUAGCGGCAUUGACUAUCUGGAGUUCAUCUCCUUCCUCACCACCAUUGCCCAACAUCGGCUCCACGCUCUCUCCAGGCUCCAAGAGGCUCCAACAACAGACAGUGGAACCAAUUUAUUAUGUAUGGACAAGUCAAACUGUGAUACAGACAUUAGCACAACUGUGAUAAAUUCUGCUGAUCUAGCAUCUAACAUUGUGAUAAAUUCUGCUGAUCUAGCAUGUAACUCUGUGAUAAAUUCUGCUGAUCUAGCAUCUAACUCUGUGGUACUAUGUGACGUCCACAAUGACAGCAUUGACUCCAAGAAAACAUGUGACACAAGUACUGGUAAUCUUGAACCAGAUAAUGUACAAAGUUCUAACCCCACUGAAUACUCUACAAGACAACAUGAUGGUUCACCUGCCAGUGUAGAGGUCACAACACUAUGUCCAGUGACUACAGACGUUCCUGGCAUUGAGUCAAGGGCGGCUGCUGGGCUGAGGGACAGGCCCAGCUCUGGGCACACCAAUGUCAAUGUCACUCUGGACCUAUUUCCCAUCUCUGAUGAGACUGAUAGUACUAAGUCGCGGCUGGCUGAAGCACACUGGCGGUACUGUAGCACCGCCCACGCCAGGUUUGAUUUAAUGCGACUCAGAGAUGUAUUGACAGAUAUUUUGUCAGCACCAGAAAUGUCCAUGUUGGAGGCAGGCCCUCACAUAGAUGCUGCAAACCAGGUGCUGAAACAAAUAAAGAUUAUUUGUGGGUAUUUAUGUUCUUUGUAUCUUCGUUAUCCCCCCGGUUUGAAAAACUAGGGGGAAAAAACAAUCUGCAUGUCCCUCUAUCCUCCGUCUGUUUUCCGUUCCCGGAGCAGAACUUCUAAACCUUUGAAUAUUUCUUGUUGACCAUGCUAUUCAGAUUAGUCAAGUGGUGAAAUGGUUCCUUUUAAUCAUUUUGGGUUAUUUUAAAAUUAUGUUUUGUUUUAUUUUAUUAUUAUUUUUGUUUUUUUGUUACACUGAAAAUGAGGGUUGUUGUUUGUUUCCAGAGCAGAACUCCCAAACCGUUGAAUAUUUCUGGAUGAAACUUGUUAUACAGAUCAGUCAAGUGGUGAACAUAUGCCUUUUGAUGAUUUAGAAUUUUUACAUUUUUUAAAUUUCAUGACAUGUUUUGGACUUAUACUGAAAAUGAGGAUAGUGCUCGUUUCCAGAGCAGAACUCCAAAACUGUUGAAUAUUUCUUGAUGAAACUUGAUAUACAGAUCAGUCUUAUGGUGAACUGGUUCCUUUUUAAUGAAUUGGGAUAUUGAAUUGCACCAGACAGGGGAAU